AGCUUAAUCAACAAUACAACCAUGGAGCAAAUUAAUAUUUUGGUCAGCAAGGGCCUAAUGAACAUAUUAGAAGUUGAGAAUGAAGAAUACCAAUUAGUUAAGAAUGGUUUCUUAAAGGGUAUGGGAUUCAUGGGGAAUGUUACUAAUGUGAUGGCUAUACAUAAGAACAAUGUUGCAUCUAGCUUGACAAGGCAAGCACGUUUGGACUCCUUUAUGAUUUUCUCGAAGGCGGUAGCAACCAAGUGUGCUGGGGAUCCUAAUGUGAGGUAUGCUUGGUAUGGUAGCUCUCUGGAUGACCUCAAACAGAUUGUAUCUCUUGGAUUCCAUAAUGAUCAUUAUCAUAAUCAGUCUCAUAGUGUUGGGAUUUCCCUAUUUUCUGCCAAAUAUUCCAUUGACAGUGCAAUGUGCACAAUGGAAGAUGAAAAUGGUUUGAGACACGUGAUGCUGUGUAGAGUGAUAGUAGGGAAGGUGGAAGCUGUUCCUGAUGGUUCAAAUCAGAGCCACCCUAGUUCAAUCCAUUAUGACACUGGUGUUGAUGAUAUUUCAGCACCUACAAGACAUAUCAUAUGGCCUGCUUUCAUUAAUUCACACAUUCAUCCUGAUUAUAUUGUUAGUUUCAAGUAUACUUAUAUGAAAGAUCCACAGCUAUACAGGGGACGAAAUCCUCAAUCAAAAUAUGUGUUGUUUCCUAAUUUGAUGGCAAGAGUCUCAAACCAUUUGAAGCCUUUGCAGAUGUCUUAUUUACUGGGAAGUUAUCGUCUUUACCAAGAACGUAAGAUUUCAAGAGAACUAUGGGUCAAGGAUGUGAGAUCCAUAAUUGGAGACCCACUGCUGCGUGAAGUGAUUUCAGAAAGCAGUGGCAAUUUGCAACUUCUUUAGUCUAUUUUGCGGUGUUUGCUGUCGGCAGAAAUGUUAUGUUUUAUGCAAACAUAUUCUCUUUAAUUGGUUGAAGAACAAGAAUACAAGGGAAAAACAAAAUUUUACCUACUUGUAAACAUUGAUCUUAAUACAUACGAAGGGUUCAUUGUAUUAAGCAAUAGAAAACAAGGAAAAAAAAGAUUCAUUGUAUUCUCUCUUUUCAUACAAGCACAGAGA